CCUCGCCUCCCUUUAUCCCACCUAUACCUGGCCAAACUCAAAAGGAUGGAAUACGAGGACGAAACCAGAGUACAAGAAGAGCGAGAUCCAUCUGUCGCCGUUAGCAGAAUCCUCGUCCUUUCUUGACCAGGACUGACUCUGCUCAACCUCGCCAUCGUCACAAUGGGUGCCAACUAUGUGACCGAGACCUCUGUAAGGGCGACGGGGAUCACGAUGAUCAUCUUGACCUCUUUCGUCGCCGGCUUCCGCAUCUUUGUAUCGGUCGAGCAGCAACGCAAGUUCAGUUGGGACGACGGCUGGCUCCUGGCUGCCUACAUCUUUUUUCUAGCGCUGUCGAUCCUCUACAUCGUGGCCGCGCCCACGAUGUUUAGACUCACGAAGCUUGCUAGCGGGCAGAUUCCACUGUAUCCCACGGUUGCCGACGAUGGGCUCUUCAUCCAGAAGAUCUUCUUCGUCACGACCUCGGGCUUGUGGCUCUGCCUGUGGUGUGUCAAGUUCUCCUUGAUGGCCGUCUACAAAAAGUUGAUGAAAGCCUUGCCGCACAAGAUCAGAUUGUGGUGGGCUGUGAUUAUAUUCUGCCUGGUGGUUCUGGCGGGCGCCAUCACCUCGUCGAUGCUUUCUUGUUCGAGCAUGAAAGCCUGGUUCACAGCCGGUGCUUGCUCGACCCCGCGCGAUGUCAAGGCUGCAAGUAUCAGCCUUUGGUACGCUUAUGCAGUUGAUAUCCUCACCGAUCUCAUGAUAAUGUUGCUACCCCUUGACCUCAUCUGGAACUUGAAGAUGCCCAGGGCCCAGAAGAUGAGCAUUGGCGCUCUCUUUUGCCUGGGUUUUGUUUGCAUUGCGGUAGCAACCAUUCGAGUCAAGGAGCUUGGUAGCACGGUCAACAACAGUCAGCCCAGCACCACUUGGCUGGCGCUAUGGGGCAUCGUCGAGUCCUCCAUCGCUGUCUUGAUUGGCUGCGGCCCGGGCCUUUACCGCAAAGCCAGAACGAUCUAUCAAACUCGUCACGGAUCGACGCCUUCUCGCGGCUACGCACGGUAUGCGAACAGCAAUUCCAUCAGAGCCCAACCGCAGAGCAUUGCCCUCGAAAAUUAUCAGUCCAAGAAGUCUCGUACGACCGUUACGUCCAAGAUCAACGACGCUGCCAGCAGCCAAGAAGAGUUGGCAAACACAAACCUUGAGCCUGGUAUCGGCGACACCAAGGUGGCCACCGAGAGCAUCAAAGAGCGAGAUGUGGAUUCCGUGCGCCACUGGGACGAUAGGCCUCAUGCAUAUUAAAACCACCGACACCAUCCCGCUGGGCGUGGUGUUAAGACUGCCGCUCAGGCAAGAUACGAAAUGGAAGGAGACCUCUCGAAACCGCAGACUGAGCUUCCCACUGCGUUAUCUCCUUGGCUGAACCUGGAGGCGAAAGUAAUUCUCGGACGAAUCGGCUACAAACAGAUCUAUUUACCUCCCCACCUACCGAGACGUGUACAACGAUUAUGGCUCUUGUUCUCAAUGAUUUGCAGAGCGGAUAUGUACGAUUUUUUUCAAGAGAUGAUUGACUAGCAGAGAACGCUCCUUAGAACCCUGACGAAAAGUUUGGCGGCAUACAUUGAACAACUCACCUGAGUUGUGGUUACCAGCAAUACGAACAUCCAAUACAGCAUCGAAUAGUGGCAGAGACACUUAAGAAUUUAGUGGACGACCCAGUGUGUUUUGUGGAAACAGCUGUAUUCUAGCAAUGCCACCUGUACAGAGGACCCCGUAUACGAAUCUUGAUCCCCUCCAGAAAUCUGUGUUCUGCUUGACGAACUGAGCUCGUGCCAAUUUAUCUUUGGCUCCGAC